AUGGAGCGGACGCGUGGCAGAGAGCGUAAGGGAGGGUCGGUCGCUAAUUGGGCCUGGCUGGAGGACCAUCCAGCGGCGGCGCAGUCGCGGUGCAACGCAGUCACCUACAAGAGGGCCGCUACUGCAGCAGUAGCAGCUGCAGCGGCAGCGGCAGCAGCAGCAACUUGUCCGCAAGGGUCUGCAAUGGGAACGCACUUCCUGGGGAUCGUAUCUCCAGCAGAUAUGGCACAGCUUUUGCCGCUAGGUGAGAGACCCUUCUGUUCUCUAGUUGCAUCAGCAGGUUCCAACAGGCACAGUGCCAAGUCGUCGGUUCUAAGGUUCUCAACCCUAGCUGUUACCGAGAAGAGUUUUGUGCACCUGACCUGCCUCUCAGGUAUCACCAGCAGACAGCUGCAGGCAUGGUGCUACUGGGGUGCACAGGAGGCAUCAGAACCAGUUGCGCCGCGCUGGCCGCCCGGAUUCUGCCGCUCGUUCUUUGUCCACAGAUUUGGUCCGCGGCGGGUUCCAGCCGCGCCUUCCGACUUCGCUGCCGCCCCCAGGGCAGCAGCAGCAGCCGUCGCCGCUACCACGCCGACAGCCCGUCCCGUUGAUGCCUCCCGCGCAGCUUCAUCCGGGAGCGCCCCAGGUGGUCGCUCCGGCGCCUGCGGUCCCUCUUCAGUCGCCACCGCCUUCGGAGCUGAUGGACGUCGACCCCCUUCCCAAGCGGUGGCUGUGCAGCCUGUCCUGCAGCCGCUUUCCUUGGGCACCCCCAAGGAGUCUGACACCGCAGCGCCUUGUCCGGCGCCCACUCAGCAGCCGUCGACGCAGCGUCAGGAGACGCUGCCUCUCUUCGUGGGUCCCGACGCCCCGUCGCGUCCAGUACCAGAAGCUGCGCCCGUGGUCACAGGCCCAGAUGCAGCAGCAAUGCCACACACAGGUGCAGUACUGAGGCCGGUGCACAAGGACACGGAGCUUCCUCUACUGCAGUGA